AUAGGAAAUCAUUCGGUGGUGUCUGAAAUUGUGUUGGUGGGACUCAUCAGUUCUUUGGAGAUGCAAAUAGUCCUCUUUCUGGUUUUUUCUGUGUUCUACUUAACAGAUGUUUUAGGAAACCUCUUCAUUGUGCUCACAGUGGCCUCUAACUCCCAUUUACAAUCCCCCAUGUACUUCCUGCUGGCCAACCUCUCCUUUAUUGACACAUGGGUUUCCUCCAUUUCAGUUCCCAAGAUGAUUUCUGAUCUGUUCAAGGAGAGGAAAGUAAUCUCUUUCCAAGGCUGCACUGCUCAGAUGUUCUUCAUCCAUGUUAUUGGAGGCACUGAGAUGGUUCUGCUCAUUACCAUGGCCUUUGAUUGUUAUGUUGCUAUAUGUCGGCCUCUUUACUACCCGACUAUCAUGAACUUCAGAACUUGUAUUUUACUCUCGGUGGCUGCCUGGACCAUUGGAAUAAUCCACUCAUUGAUCCAACUUGUAUUUGUUAUAAACCUACCAUUAUGUGGCCCCAAUGAAGUUGACAGCUUUUACUGUGACCUUCCAUGAUUUAUCAAGCUUGCUUGCACAGACACUUACAGAUUGGAACUCAUGGUCACCACUAAUAGUGGUUUCAUCUCCCUGGGAACUUUUCUCAUUUUGAUUAUCUCCUGUAUCUUCAUUUUGGUCACUGUUUGGCAACAUUCUUCAGAUGGCUUGUCCAAGGCCCUCUCUCCCCUGUCAGCUCACAUCACAGUGGUGGUCUUAUUUUUUGGUCCAUGUAUUUUUGUGUACUCUUGGCUAUUGCCCACAGUACCAGUAGAUAAAUUCCUUGCCAUUUUUGAUGUAAUUAUCACCCCAUUUCUGAACCCUGUCAUCUACACUUUCAGGAACAAAGAGAUGAAGAUGGCAAUGAGGAGAAUAUUCAAUCAGGUGUUAAGUUUCAGAAAGCUGUUUUAA